AGAAUCUUUUCCUUUGUCAUUGCUGACGAUUAAAGUUUACAUUAUUGUCUAGUGAUCGAGACUUACUUCUUGCUUUUGCUAAAGCAAAUUACAUGGAAUCUUGCAAACGCUCUUCUUUUUCUUUAAUGAUGUUGAUACUUGUCAUUAAUCUUGCACCAGUGGAUACCACCAAGAUUUCUUUGGAGAAGCCAUAUGUCCAUGUCUUCCUCAUUUCUAUCAUUCUAUCAAAGCCAAUUCGUGUUCUGCUCUCUUCUCCCCAGCAACCGACCAAAGAAGCCCUGCCACCACCGCCUACUCCUCUUGAAAAAUUGAUCUGCUCUGUUCUCCUUGCCCCUGUCCGUGAGUUGCUCUUGCCGGUGAGAGUGCUUUCGGUUUUCUGGUAAGGGAACAACCAUGAAAUCAUCUCUUAAGCCUUGAUUUAUGUUGGGUUCACUCUAAUUGUUCUUAUUCCUUUCAAUUUCAUGCUGGUUCCUCUCCAAGAUCCCGCCAACGUUCCCAUCGCCAGCUCCAAUUUCUUUGCUUGCUGAAUUUUCUGGUAGUGAGACCCGACACACGGGGAGCCUGGGAGAGUGACGAGCUAGGCAGCUAGGCAUUAUUUUGGACUUAGAUUUUAUAGCUAGGCCGCUAGUCACCCAUGCUUGACAUAGAAAUUUUGUGUACAGAGCUUCCUUAGUUUUAGUCAUGAUCGUAUAUAUGAAGUUAUAAAUUUUGUACAUCUUGACUGGUAAAUAUUUGGUAAAUAAAAAGGUUUAGAUCUGAAUUGUCUGAAUUGCUAAGUAAGAACUCAGUAGGUUCCGAGUCUUGUGUAUUUGUGGGCCCUGUUCACGAGUGCAUGACGCUUGUCUCGCUUCGGGGUUUGGGGCGUGACAAGCUUCUUUGAUUUUUGAUAGUUUUCUUUCUAUUUCUACCUUGAUAAUCAAAGGUAUAUUUAUUA